CUUGCAUAAGUAGUCAUGCUGCUCUGAAAACAGAAGUGAGAAGUUUCAUUCCACCAACAGAAGGGUCAACUCACAUCACAACACACAAUACGGAGUCGUGAUCAGCAUGUCUGUGGAUUAUAUUGACUAUGAAGAUUACGUUCCAGGGAACGACAGCGACUUCAACUCCUCUAUGAGCGGAGUACUGAAUUUGACUGAGUCCAAGUCCUUCCUGAAUGAUGCUCUGGUGGCGGUUAAUGUGAUCAUUUCUGUCAUUGGCCUCGGAGGAAACUCACUCGUCAUCUGGAUCUGUGGAUGCAAAAUGAAACGAACGGUGAUCACCACCUGGUAUAUCAGUUUGGCCAUUUCUGACUUCUUGUUCUGUGCCUUUCUUCCUCUAGAGAUAGUCUACAUGAUUACAUCACACUGGCCUUUCGGUCUUGCCUUGUGCAAGCUCAGCUCCUCCGCCCUCUUUCUCAAUAUGUACAGCAGCGUUUUCCUCUUGGUUUUGAUCAGCACUGAUCGCUGUGUGCUAGUUUCCUUCCCGGUAUGGGCGCAUAACCAUCGUACAGUAUGGAAAGCGUCUGGAAUCGUUCUCCUCAUGUGGCUCCUUUCUGCUUUGCUGACUCUGCCCUCGCUCAUCUACAGACAAACUCAAAUCCAUGGUUCUGUCACUCAGUGCUACACUAAUUACACGUCACAUUCAGGACACAAGGCUGUAGCACUGACUCGCCUGAUCUGUGGCUUCGUCAUUCCUUUUCUAAUGAUUGUGUUCUGCUGCUCGGUGCUAUGCGUGAAGCUGAGAAGUAUGACCACGAAGUCAACAAAGCCCUACAAAGUCAUGGCGGUGCUCAUCACAUCGUUUUUCGUCUGCUGGGUCCCCUACCACACCUUUGUGCUUUUGGAGAUAGAUCUGAAGAACCAUAGUCUGGAUGUGUUGCAUACGGGGUUGAAGGUGGGGGCCACUCUGGCCGCAGCAAACAGCUUCAUAAAUCCAUUUCUCUACGUGUUCUUGGGCAAUGACUUUAAGCGAACCCUAAAGAAAUCUUUGAUGUCCAGGAUAGAGGAUGCAAUGGCAGAUGAUUUACGUACAGGUGGCCCCAGUUACUCAAGGUCUAAAGCAAUGGAAGUAGUCUAAUAAAGGACAAACCUUCAUACACUUGAGAGGCCUUUCAUUGCAAAUAAUAUUCCCAAAAUCCUAUCUGACUUCCUUGAUAUAGUAGAUAUAUGUUGUCUAUUGAUUAACAUGUUAAGAUUUUAAUUUUUUAAUGAGUUUUUACAAUUUUUGUUUACUCUUCAUCAGUUGGUUGACAGAAAAUUUCACUUAAUGUCUGAACACUCCCAUUCCACCAAAAUUAAAAUGCGCUGUUGCUU